CGCGGUGAGCUCACCUCGCGUUGACUACAAAACUGAGCGAAUGCUGUGAGAGAUUUCAGUGGAAAGUAAUAGUUUCUGGAAUAAUUACUCAUUUAUUUUUUGGAAAACUGUUGAGAUAGCUAAGGAAACGGACACACCAUUUGGAUGUGUAUUGCUCGGAACAUUCAAAACAUACUGAAUUGAAUCAUUGAUUACAGCGGACCACGUCGCGGAUAGAGCUCAGCUUACGUACACAGACGGGCAGGCAGACACACAACAGCGGGUGUGUGUGGGGUGCAGUGAGGAUGACGGAGUACAAGCUGGUAGUGGUGGGGGCUGGAGGUGUGGGGAAGAGUGCACUCACCAUCCAGCUCAUCCAGAACCACUUUGUGGACGAAUACGACCCCACUAUAGAGGACUCGUACAGGAAGCAGGUGGUGAUUGACGGGGAGACGUGUCUUCUGGACAUCCUGGACACUGCAGGUCAGGAGGAGUACAGCGCCAUGAGGGACCAGUACAUGAGGACAGGAGAGGGCUUCCUCUGUGUCUUCGCCAUCAACAACACCAAGUCCUUCGAGGACAUCCACCAGUACAGAGAACAGAUCAAGCGUGUGAAGGACUCUGAUGAUGUGCCCAUGGUGCUCGUGGGUAAUAAAUGUGAUCUUCCCGCGCGUACUGUGGACACACGGCAAGCACAGGAACUGGCCCGCAGCUACGGAAUUCCCUAUAUCGAGACCUCAGCCAAGACACGACAGGGGGUAGAGGAUGCCUUCUACACUCUGGUCAGGGAGAUCAGGCAGCACAAGCUGAGGAAGCUCAAUCCUCCUGACGAGAGCGGACAGGACUGUAUGAGCUGCCGCUGUGUGGUGUCGUGAUGGAGCUCACCGAUGGGGGUAAGGUGUGAACCUAUGGAUGCGUUGUGGCAGCAUGGACUUGAAGAUUGACAGUGGAGUAUAGAACUACUACAACAACAAACUUCUAAACUUGAGAGGACGGUCCGAUAACAGCAGACGAACGGACGCACCUCCAGGCUGUCGGUGUACCAUAGCUGUUGGGGAGGGAGAACCUUGCCCCUGCCAGGCCAAGCUAUGCCACACCAGUCUAGAGUAGACUGUCUGUCUCCUCUUUGAGUCCAUGUCUGCCAGAGAAACGCCACUAAUAGUUUUUCUCCAGUGAUCAUGCUGGGCAGCUCCAAUGAGUUCCUGCUAACUUAUUGUUUUACAGUCUCCACACUGGUCUUAAAGGGGUGUGUCACCAGACCAGGUGAGCCCAUCCCUCCCCUCUGUUCUCCUCCUCACAGCCUCCAAAUCUGGAUUUUUCCAUUUGACCCACGGAAAAGACUGGACAGUAGUAGUCAAUAUCCCCAUCCCUGAUGAAACCCCCCACCCUCCUGGUUCCUCUCUAGGGGGGCUCUGCAGUAACCUCAUUAUAAUGGGUACUCUUAGGGGAACGGUGCCUGACAUGCUUCAUAGGAAGGGUUCCUUUUUUUAAAACAGUUAGUCUAGCCAUCCAACCUAACGUUCUUUUCUUCUUAAAACACAUGUUUUGAUAAGUGACUUUAUUGUGAUUUGAAGGUUUUGAAGUUUAUCACACUCAGCAUUGCAAAGUAAGCCAGGGUGUCGGUUUUGUGGGAUGGGCCAUUGCCAUUUUAAGACCUGUCACCAUGACCAAGUAUUUGGUUCCGUAUGUGGGCAGUGCUGUGAAUCAGACAGAUGGAUGGACUCAUUUUCCCAGAGUGCCACUGCCUUCCCCCUCACAGGCCCAUAGAGUGUGUAGGAGGGUGUGCGUGUAUGUGUGUGUGCUAAAGUUCUCUUUGUGGAGUAACAUAGAUAGUGUAGGUUCCAGUGCAAUAGGAAUGUUAACUGUCUGAUUAGGUUAAAUCAUUUGGAAUAAACCUCUCUCAUGCCUUUUUAUUAUUUGCUUGUUUUUCUUGGGUGAAGAAAGGCGUACAUCAGAAUGAAGAUUUAAAUUGCCUUAAAGUUUGGGCUGUAUGGUGGUUAGAUGGAUGGAAGACUCAUUUCAUUCCUUGGUCCAUGUCGUGCUAUUAUUUACCAUGACAGGAAUGAUUACUCAGUGAGUUUAAUAGGCACAGCUUUUCAAGGAAGUGGCAUUUUUUCUUACAUUUAUUUUGGUUUAGCAUUGGUGUAAGUAUAGUUUGACCUUUCUAAAUUGGAAGGUAUCGGUCCUCACUGUGGUUUUAUUAUGGCUCAGGAAACAGAAAUGUCCAGGGAAAGUCUCGCCUUUUGACCCUGGAACGUGAUAGAAUGCCAGAAUAAAAAAUGUCCCAGAGUGUAAUGCACAAGACCUGCCUUAAAUGACUGGUGAUAAGUGGAAUAAAAAAGCUGUUUGGCCACAUAAAAUAGCCUUCCUUUUUAUCCUGCUCAGAUGGGUCUUUGUUUCCCUGAGAUCAUUUGAUUUAAGCUAGUCAUGUCUCCGCCCACUAUAUAUUUCUUUUUAUAUUUCCCUAUUGAUUGGUGUAGGUAUGCUGAUUAGCGUUUGUGCUCUCCACAACACUAAAAUAGGGCUGUCAAUAUAAACUAACUUUGCUAGUUAGUAAGCUAGUUCUUCAUGCCUUGUACAUGUUAGAGGAGUACGUUUGCCUGAGUGCUUAGUGGGUUUAUGUGUUUGCUUUCCAUUGUAGAUAUGUUGUUAUUAAUGACUGGUGGAAAUUGCAGAUUCACCCCCCCCCCCCCCCCCCCCCCCUGAAAAUAGACAUGAGAAAAACAAAACUCUGAAAUUCUCCAACCAAAUGUGAUUCUAUACAGGAUGCCCUAUCUGAAUAUUUCGUCAUUGUUUGUGUUUUAAUCCAAGCUACAUAGAGUAACAGUCAAACUGGAACUGUAUGUUCAAUGAUUCCAAUGUUAAUUUAGUAAGUGUUUUAGUAUUUUUGACUGUUCAAGUGCCAUUGUCUUUUUAUUUCCCCCUCCUCUUUCUGAAGGUACUGACCCCCAGAGUUCACCAACCGUUACCUAGCAGUACAUUGUAAUGCCUCAUUAGACUUCAAAGCCAAGUCAACACACCUUGACCUCUUGUAUAGAGAUACUCUAACAUUGGACAAUAAUACAUUUAUUCAGUCACUAGAAUGCAUAAUUUGAUUCAGACUUUUUGCUGCUAUCAUACAUGAGUGGCGUUCCUUAGUAUAUGUACAGUUUAUUGUCGUGUGUGUGUGUGUUUGUGGUGUGUGUGUAUGAGAGAUUUUUCCUGGAUCUGCCCCCUCCAACAGACAUUCUUCCUGCCCACCAUUUUGACUGAACACAAUUACAUUGUUUGGCAUGUAAGGGCUUUUUGACCUAGAACACCCUUCAACAUUAAUAGAGGGUUCUUCUGUCAUACAUGAUGUCCCCAGAUGCUCUCACCUCCUUCCAGGGUGGUACCCUUCAUAUUACUCUUUAGAUCCAGGAGAUGGACAAACUUUCACGGAGGGGGGCAAUGUAUGAAGGAUGAAGACACUGAGACACUGCACAAGGCUUGACGCUAACCUCAGCCAACAGCUGCCACCUCUCCUGGUUCUGUCUGAAUGGAACCCCAUCACUGCGCCGUGUCAACCAGAGAUGACAUUCAGGAGCUCUGAGGUAUUCAUAAACUGGGAGAACGUUGGCCUUCUGUGGAUUACUUCUCAAUCGAUUUACUAUUGAUGUUUUGGGGUCUUAAAACUGUGAAAAUGUGUUUUAAGAGUUAAAACGCACCUGAGUUCUAUUAGUAUAGAACACCAAAUAAAUGUCCUUAACCUUGACCAAUAACCCAUCUGAAAUGUGGCUCUUCAUCCCCACAAUGAUCUACUGGUUAAUGUUAAACAAAUCAGACAUGCUAUAUAAGUUGUGUAUCAAAUCGACCUCUGCUGGUAGAAGACGUACUGUAACGUUGUCUGAACUGUAGUUGGCAGUUGUUAUACUCUGCAUCUCACACAAUGUCCUUGUCUGUCUACUCUAUACUGUGCAUUGACUGAUUGGCAGUUACGGUCAAACAUCUGAAGGUAAACUCUAACAAAUCAGUUGUCACCACGAGGAAUACGAGACCAGCAGGCCACUGGUAAUCAUGUCUGAAUGAAGGAGAGUUUACCCAAGGACUGAAAUCACAUUAAGGGCUUGCUUCUCCCUUGCAAAACUGUAGUGUGAACAAGCAGAGAGGAUGUGUGUUUGGAAGUUUGUUUGUGAAAAUACGAACUGUUUUAACUAUUUAAGAUGUAUUUACUCUUUAACAAAAUAGCAAAUGUACAGCAGGGCAGGAAUAAAGAUGUCAAGAUGAACUCUGACCCCUACCUGAA